AACCCUUUAAAGGACCUUGCAGGAAGGGAAGUGGAAUGAUUUGUAGGACGGACUACAAGUUAGUCCUCCAAGGCGGAAGUUCCGUUCGGCCUCAGCGGCGAUGAUGAGUUUCGAGUGGCCCUGGCAGUACAGUUUCCCGCCGUUCUUUACGUUGCAGCCUAACGUGGAUACAAGGCAAAAACAGCUGACAGCAUGGUGUUCCUUAAUGCUCUCGUAUUGCCGCCUCAACAAGCUCUAUACUAUGACUGUUCCAGAAGCUCAAGAGAGCCCACUGUUCAACAAUUGGAAAUUGCAGCGAAAACUCCCACUGGAAUCCAUCCUUGUUGUGUUAGAGGAGCUCAGGAAAAAAGGGAAUCUUGAAUGGCUUGACAAGAACAAGUCUAGCUUUCUUAUCCUGUGGCGAUGUCCAGAGGAAUGGGGCAAGCUAAUUUACCAGUGGGUUUUGAAGAAUGGAUUGACAAACUCGGUUUUCACACUCUAUGAGUUAUCCAAUGGCGAGGAUACAGAGGAAGAAGAAUUCCAUGGUUUGGAAGAAUUAGUACUUCUUCGAGCUCUGCAGGCUUUACAACAGGAACAUAAAGCUGAAAUAUUCACUCUGAAUGAUGGUCGGGGCGUCAAAUUCUUCUAAUAUAGAUUCUGCUUUGGCUUCCUAGUAUGACUGUACAAAAGUGUUCUGGGUUUAAGAGCUUCUCUCUGCUCUGCAUUGAAGGCUGAAACAGCAAACUGUAUCUUAAUGGCUCAGCAUUUGACUUCAUUUUCUUCUCUCUGCGGCUUCUGCUUCUUAUUGCAUUGUGACGAUUUGAAUAGAUUUAUGGAGGAAUCAGAAUGUUCUUUGUGCUCAUAUGACACAAAACAACUAUUGGCUCUUGAGUUUGGCCUUCCAAAUUGAAGCAGAUAAUAAACCCUGCUGCUUGCAGCAAUGAUUUGGGGAUAAUUUGGGAAUCAAAAUGCAGUACUCUCUCCAGUUGGGCAAGAGGCCACGUAGACUGAGCUAUCCAGUGGGGCAUUAAAGACUUUGGACAAAUUAAAGUAUACUGUGUUUAUAGAAAAGUCCUCUGUGUUGGCUUAUCUCUGUGUGUGCUUUUCUCACACCAAGGGGACCUUCAAAUCUCUUCCAUCCCCAUCCCCAUAUUGUUGUUAGUUUCAUGUCAGGCCUAAGUGGAGGUCAGUUGCCUCCCCGUGGAGUUCAGCAAUGUUGUUUUUUCAGAAGCAAAAAGUUGAGGGAACUAUACUUCUUCAUUUUUAAUAUUUAUGAAGAAGCGUGCACUCCCUUAUCCAGAAGUAACUGUCUGUGUUCGGUUGGUUUCAUCUUUCAACACUCUGCACUUUGUCUGGAAAAUGGGCAUUUACCCCUAGAUUUUUUUUUAGCAUCAGUGUCCUGCAAGUUCAUUAUGAAAUAAAAUCUUUCAUUUGAAUCACAUUUAUAAAACUAAAAAAGUGAAGAAAACUGUAUUGAAAAAAACUAUUUCUUCUGCUAAGGCAAAUGGGGGGAAAUGGUAUUCUUCAGAUAUUUUUGUGCAACUCCUAGGAUCACUUACUUUGCUAUACACUGGUGCAACUUUUGGGAAUGUAUUUGAUGUGUCUUGUUUAGAUCAGGGUAUGAGACAAAGGAUUGAUAGGUUUGUAAAAUUAACUUAUUUUCCUGAGUUUGUUUUAGAUAUGCUUAAAACUGAAUCAGUUGUAUUUUUCCUAGGCGUCCUGUGGAUAACCACAUUAGGUAGCCAUUAGUGAAGGUAGUACUUGAUGAACCUCUGAAUUUGUCAAAAGAUUAUUAUUUGAAUUUCAUGGACCUUUCCUUAGCUUGAAAAGAUGACAGAUCUCACCAAAUGAGGAAGAAUAAUUAGUUAAUCAAGCGUGACUUUCCAAUAAGGAAUUCAGAGUUCAUGCAGAUGGAAAGAGAUGUCUUAAGCUUGAAGCAGAAUUUACAAAGCAAGAUCUUGGUCGUUACCUUUAAAGCCCUACACGGCACGGGUCCAAGGUAUCUGGAGAGCUGUCUUUCCCUGAUGGGACAAGCCUGCUCCACUUGUGCCAAUGGAGGAGGUCUGCUACAGAUCCCAUCUGCUAACAUUGAAGCAGGCAGGAUCAAGGAGAAGAGCUUUUUCUGCUCUGGUCCCAUCCCUGUGGAACAUUCUUCCACCAGAGAGGAGAACUGCCCUCUCCCUUUUGGCCUCCCGGAAGGGUAUCCAAACUUGGCUUUGCUAGUUAGCCUAGUGCCCUGAGUUGGAGCACUCACUGUUGGAGGUGGCUGAAGAGUAAGAAGAUCUCAUUCCUGUCCCAUUUGACUCUUGGCUCUUAUAGGCACAGUUCUUAAUAAUAUUUUAAUGUUGAUUCAUUUUAAUUAUUUUUCACCUGUUCAAUAAUUUGUAAGCUGCCCAGGGUCACCUUGUAGGGGAGAUGGGCAGCAUAGAAAUUUAAUAAAUAAAUAAAUGGUAAAUUACAGCGUAUAUUGUCACAUAGGUUGUGUUAGAAUUACAUUUUGAUCUUAGAAGAAUAUAGUUGCUUUAAACCUACAUUCUUCUAAGAGUUGGCUUUAGGAAAGCAAGUAUGGAAAAGUUUACUUGAUCAGAUUUUCCAUCACAAGCUUAAAAUUUAACUGUGAUAGAGGCAUGGAAUAGAAGUGUAGAUUUCAACUGGCAUGGGGUGUUCAGUUUGCCUCUUUUUCUUCUGCCACAUUUAAACAUUGUUGAACAAAAAAAACCAUGAUAGUUUUAUAAGAAUUUUACUUCUUGAAAACCAAAUGGCACAUAAUAUAAAACUGCUCCAAAGCAAGAAAGUUUCUUCCUCGGGCAACAGUCUUUUGACCCUUGGCCCUUUGAUGCCAUGCGGUCCUUAGUUAACAUCCAUGAAUAUUGAGAAAGAGAAUUAUAAAUAUGGGUCUCUUAUCUUCCUUAGAUGCUUGCCUCCUAUUCAUAUCAUACCCUGAUAAAGUAAUUCAUCCUUUUGCCAAAUUUUUAAUUAAGUCUAUGACUAUGGAGCUCUAGUCUGUCUAUCCACAAAAGCUUUGAAAGAGAGCAAAAGAGAUAACUGUAGCAAGAAUGUUUCUACUUGAGAAGAGUAACUGGUUUUCAUAGUCCAAAGACCUAUCCUGGCUUUUGGGUAUACUGUUGUCUCAGCUCUGCCAUACUACUUCAGACUUCCUCCUUCAUAGAUAUAUUUCAGCUAAUAUUGUAUGGUAGAGUUCCAAAUCAUCACGUGCAGAUAUUUUCUCUUGUUUGUUGAGAACAUAAAUGAGAAGAGGCUUUUGGGUCAAAUUACCAGAGCUUUCCUAAAUCUUUAUAUGGCUGUUAAAAAUAAGAGAGAUAGAGGCAAGUACAGGCAGUUCUCUGGACCCACUAAAUAUUGAAAAUAUACCAAUAGAUUAUUAGAACUAGAAUAAUCUAAUAAUUGCUUUCUUCCAAAACAAGUUUCUAGGGUAUUUUUUUACUUUAAACUAGAAUAUGAUGUUGGUGCAAGUAGCCUAUUUUUCAUGAAAAACUAUAACACUAUAUUAUGACAAUAAUGAUAAUUUGAAUACUGACAUCCUUAGAUCUUAAAAAUAAAGCUUUCCUAAUCUCUGCCUUCUUGAUGUUUUUGAGAAAGAAUUGUUUAAAAGGGGGAAAUUAUUCUUAUAUCUUUUAUUUAUAAUAAUUGCCUUGUGAAUUUGAAAAAUCUGUUUUAGUUAAUUAGAUAAACAACCUCCAAUGGUAUUCACAAGGGUUAGGCAAAGGAGGGUCAGAUAGAUGAAAGUCUGCUGCAGCAUUGUAUUGCAAGGCCUGUCCCUUUUUUGUGUAUGUGUUGCAACAGCACACACAACCAAAGGGAGCACAGUAUGGCUAAAGCAUCCUUCUAAAAGUAUCAUAAAUCCCAUGCAGAGAUGGAACAUCUUCAGGUACCUGAUUCAUCACUAUACUUUGAAAACUCUGCUCAUAAAAAAGGAAAAAAAUAAGCAUACAUAACAUAACUUUUUAUUAUUUGUUUUUUGUAAAUCUCUAGAAACUGCAAAAAUACCUCAGGGAAUAUAUAAGAUGAUGGUAGUUCUAAUAUAAUUAAAAUGAAUAAAUGAAGCAGUAUGAUACUAUACUAAUUCUUUAGAUGAUUACUCUGGCCUGUAGGGGGACUGUGACUUUCUGUAAACAUGUCUUCAAAUCAGCUGUACAUCCUUUCAAGGAACGUAUUUGCAUGGAACCCAGAAACAAAUCUUCAUGCAAUUAUUGUUUCUAGCAUUGUGGUGUUCUAAGCUUUUGAAUGAAUUUAUGCAUCUUACCUAUUUAUCUGUUCGCUUAUUUUCUGAACACACUAAGUAUAAUUUAGCCAGGAUAAGCAUACUUGGGUUGCAAAAUUGUGUUAUUGUAUCUUUAAAUGGAAAUAAAAACGGAGUACGUUUUA